CGGGCGUAUAGUUCUUCACAUGGUAUAUAAGAGCUGUCAAUUCGAUCUCCGCGCUUAUUAUACACAUAUAGUCAUCAAUGCUUCCAAUGAAGGUGCUGGUGACUUUAGUGUGCUGUGUCCUGGCGGCGCGCGCCGGCACCGCAGGCUCCAGUGUAGCCUGGCCUGGCGGGAGGGCUUCUCGGCAACUGCUGGCCUUCACACCACCCCACACUAAGACCACAGCCUUCUCAACCACACAAUACAUAAAUUCUGUACCCUUCUCAACGCUGUCAGGAUACCACCCUCAACUCGUGUACCAGCCACAGCUUAGUCAAUUUAGUCCUUUUCAACCUGCCUAUUAUCCGAUAACAGGAGGAUCGUUUUACCCAGACGGAGGCACUUUCUUUGCUGACGGUUCAUAUUUACCUCCCGGUGCGUCUCUUUUCCCAUCUGGUGGAGCACUAAUCCCCGGAGGAGGUUCAUAUUAUCCACCUGGAGGUAUCUUAUACCCAACAGCCCCAGCUGCCCCCAUAACACCUGAACAACCCUUGUCAGACCUACCAAGUUUCCCGUCUCAACCUUCAGGAGAUUCUGACACCGCGGUCGUCGAUUCGGCAGAAUUCCCACCAGAAAAGGAUGAUUCUAACCAGAAUACGAAGCCACAAUCGCCACCACAGUCAAUCCUCCCAGGAUUGCCUCCUCAAGGUUCCAUUCCACCACCGACCGAGCAACCUCAACAGGAUAACACCGGAGUAUCAUAUCCACAAGCCCCGCAGCAGCCACCCUUUCCUCAAAUUCCUCAAUAUCCACAAGAACCACAAUUCCCGCAAGGCUCUUACCCACAAUUCCCACAGUUUCCAUCGCAGAUUUUCCCCCAACCCACUCCUUCCCCGCCGACCAGCUUCCCGUCGGCGGAUAACAGUGAUAAGGGUGUUGAUGAUGAAGACUCUAUAUCUGUAGAUGCUGCAUAAUUUUUAUAUAACAUUUUUUAUCCGUUAGUUCCUUAAGUUUAACUACUACUUAUUUAGUUUAAUAUUAUUUUCAGUAUUCAAUAAAUAAAUAAGUUCCAAAACGUAUGUAUGUAAUUAUGAGUCGUCUUCAUAAUAUUAUUCUAAGUCGAAUUCGUCCGUCCGUACAACAACGGGUGUUGUGGUAGGAUUUGAUCAAACAAUUUAUUUAUUUUAUUAUGUGAGCUUUAUGUAUUGUUAUAUGCAUUUUGUGAGGAAAGGUUAAGAGUAGGAACAUUUGAAAAACUUGUUCACUGAAUUAAAAUUUACAAGCCUUAUCUAAAACUGCGACGAAGAAAUGAAUAACAAUAUACCUAACAAAGGAAAAGAUACAUGUUAAUAAUAUUUUAUUUAUUAUUAAUUUAGAUUGUAUAAAAGCACUUAAAGUAAAAAUUAUUUUACGUUUUUGAGCACUGUAAUGUGUCGUACAUUUAAGUGAUGACCAGGCAAGCUAGCUUUUAAGGUACAUAAGUAUUAAACUAAUGAUUUUAUUUUUAAUUCAAUUUAAUACAAAAGAUAUUUAUAUAAACCCAUAUAAUUUAAUAUCUUGCUUGAUAUAUUUGAUUUUGAUUUUCGAUAAAGAAUUGUUCAAAUGUCUCCAUUACGAUUUAAAUAUGCUUCAGUGGCGCUUUCGGUGGCUGCACCGGUGACGUUCCUCUAUUUUUGGGCCACACCAAUUUUAUUUUGCACUAUUUUAUUUGUAAUUUUUUACUAAAAAAAUUUAUCAAGCACUAAAAAGUACAAUGGAAAAUAUUGACACGUAAAUAAGAAAAACAAUUUGAUUUUUACAUAUAUAAAGAUUUUUUUGGAUGAUAAAAUUCGAAUUCAAAACGAGCUAACAACCCAAAUGCUAUAUGAAUGUAAAACUCAUGUAUUUCAACCUUUUUAAUAGUAUUUAACAUUAGUACAUGUGCCUGGCCUUGGCAGUAGUACAUGGGUACUCGACCCCUGAAGAAAACGUAUUGCAUCGGGACGAAAAUUUUCAUCACCACACACUGGAGCUCAACCUGCUGAGUAUGUCUAUCCUCAAGUAACUGAAAAUAAAAUAUUUGUUCAUAUUUCGAGUGAAUCAAGGGCUAAAGCCAUAUAUAUAUUGGGAAUUUUAUUUUUGAUGUCCUGGGAGAAGUUAUUAGUUGUCUUACCAUAAGGACAGAUAGGGUAAGGGUUUGAAGAAAUUUCCCAGUAGUUCGAUUGUAUACAUAUAAAUACUAGUAAAUAUUACUCUUUACUCUGUAGGAGUAUUUCUUUUUGUUAUCGAGUAUAGGUAUUAUUGCUAACACUGUUGUCGAAUGUUAAAUACUGGGAACGGAAUAAAUAAGCAUCAGAUCAACUUACAUAGACGUAAUGGGAGUACUUCGCUUCACGCCAUGUUCUUACAGUCAUGUUUGUCCUUUUCCUCAAAAAACUUGGGCUUAUCAUAUCACUAGUACAAUGACCAAAUUUGUAGAUAGAAUGUAGAUAUGCUUAAAUAAAAUAAAACAAUACACAUUAAUUAAAUACAUCAAGAUAUAAAAUCUCCGAUACAAUUCUUGUGAAAUGUUUCUUACUUCUGGGUGCCCUCUCAGCUUUCUUUGGCAUUGGGAUGCCCAAGCGACUGGCUUGCAUGGCAUACAUAGCCGUAUUAGCAGGAACAGCUCGCCAACCGUCUCCGACCAGUACUUGAAUGAAAGAAAAUGAGAUUCUCAUCGGUACGCUACAACAAACACUCACAGAGCUGACUUCGGAUGCUCCAAUUACUCACCGAAAGAACAAAGUAAACCUGUUACUAUCAA